AAAAUAUGCAUUGAGAGACGCGAGGGAAAGAUCCAUUUUGGGGGGAAAUUUUACAUUUUCUGAAGAGUAGAAUUCUCAUUUUUGCCCUUAUUUAAAGACUAAGAAAGGUCUCGAGAGCAACCCUUAAAUGGGUUUUUUAAAUUCUGACGGUUUUGAGGUUUCUGUGGCUCUUUUAAAUGUUGAUUUCUGAAGGUUUAUGAGGAAGGAAGGAUUCAAAAUGGAGGAAAGUGAUGACAAACCAUUCCAGUGCACGACUCCUGGAUGUGGACAAAGAUUCGCUAACAACGAUCACCUGGAAAGACACAAACAAAAGCACCAGUUAACUCUUAAAUUCGGCUCUCUUAAAGGAACAGAUUUAACUGUUGCAGAUCAGACACCAACACCAACUAGAUUUUUAAGGAAUUGUGAAGAGGAAGGAUUAUUCCAGGAUUUGGACAAUCCAUUUGAUCAGGAUUUCAAGAGAGCUGCUGAUCAGCCAUCCAACUCAUCCACAUCUCACUCUUCAGCUCACUUGUCUGAUCAUAAUCAAGCUUCUCUUGCCAGCAAUGGGGCUCCAACCCAGAGUGUCAUUGUGAUUGAGGAAGCUGAGCCUAAACUUCAACUUACACCACCUGUGGAAAAUAACACCGCAGCAGACACCAAAAAAGUCAUCAUAUCUGCUGCUCCGGUGUCAGUACUUGUGCGAGUCCCACCGCACAUUCCACCAGCAAUACCAGCCUCUAUAGCAGCUCCUGAUGCUCAGGUCCCCUCUGCACUACCAGUGCCAAGUCAUUUACACGGACGCCUUAACUCCACAAGGUCUUCAAUGCCAAUUCCAUCCAUCCCCACCCCAGCUAUUGUAAGCAGCCCCAGUGCAAGUAGUCCACCUUCCUUCAUGGGCAGUGCUAAACAGCGUCUCAAGGAGCAACUCAAAAUGAACCAAGCAGCACAGUCUAAUAAUAUCAUACAUCGUGCCAUGACUGAAGCUGUUGACAUGGUAACAUCCCAACAUAAUGGUCUCCCUGUGAGUCCAGCUAAUCACAUAAAUCACCAACAAACUACUGUAAUAACCCACAACAGUCCACAGGACACCAAGAAAAUGUCAGGUGCCUCAAAACGCCCACGAAGAACACAGGAUGAACUGGACCCUGACGAGAGAAGAAAGCGCUUCCUUGAAAGAAAUCGAGCUGCAGCCACUAGAUGCCGCGAAAAGAGAAAAAUCUGGGUGCAGCAGUUAGAGAAAAAAGCAGAUGACCUCAGUAAUACGAAUGCUCAUCUACAGAGUGAAAUAACACUUUUACGAACCGAAGUUGCACAGUUAAAAUCCCUUCUUCUGGCGCACAAAGACUGUCCAGUCACAAUAGCACAGCAAAGAAACGCACAGAUGUUAAAUCAUCAAGUUGGUGAGCAAACGAACGGAGUUCAUACAAAUAACUCUCAUGGUACAGAUGCCGCCUCGGCUGAAGAUGUUGCUACCAGUGCUCUCACGCAAAUGGCUCACCGGGCUACCCUGGAACUGGAAAAUCUUGCCGCUACUACGAUGUCGAGUGUCAUAACAACAAACACUAAUCCUAUCGGGGUUUAAUAUUGAUUAACUUAGGUAGAAAUAAGUACAAUAAGACAUAAAGUGCAUUCCUAUUAGCAUGUACACUUAUUAGAACGGCGCGCGUGAAAAUAACCGCUUUUAGAAGUUUAUUUAUACAGAUUUCAAAGAGGACUGAAUGUAUUUGAGCUACUCUCUAUUAGAGGCAGGCCAUCAUGUUUUUAUUACCGACGCAUUCAUUUCGUGUUUACGGCAGCAUCAGUAUAAACUAUUUGUUGUUAGGUUUUGAAUAUACAGUGUAACUCAGCUGAUGGUGGAACAGAAUCGCUCAGAAAUAAGCGACCAAUAAGACGCGAAGCCAACGCGUUGACUCUUGAGUGAACGCGUUCAGCACUCAGCUGAAUUCUGGGUAAAGAGUGCAAUGUCAUGUUUAUCUUAACCGCUGUAAUGAUUCAUUUCCUGAGUGUGAUAUUCUUUCGUGUUCUUAACGUUAGUCACUUCCACUGUGAUAAGGAGUUAAGUUAACCUUUGACUUGCGGCGUUGAGUGUAAAUUGAGUGUAAACUGGAAAUUCCAGUUUCCGACUGAAAACAUUUCUUUUUACCUUGUGCGCCGGCCCUUGGUUUGGCGAUGCUGUGUUCUGUGUUCUGUGUUCUGUGAUCAUUCACUCCAAGAUGGCAACUACCAAUCGACUUCUUUAAUUCCCUUUUGAAGCCGAAACCCUCUGCGGCGAUGUGUUGCUGACAAAACAAUAUACAAACGCUAAGCGCUUGUUCGUGAUGCGCUCCCUUGUUGCCUGUUCUGUUCAAGCAGAACGUGCAUUUGGUGCAAUAUAGCGACCCUUGUACAUACAUAUCAACGAAAUUACGAGAUAUAUACGUAUGUCACUCGAGUUUUACUGCGGCACAAUAUGACGUUCAAUAAAGCCGGUGCAGACUCACUCUUGUGUCUCACUGACUUAAUUCUCUUCGCCUCGUCUUUGGCCACUAAGAAUUUAAACAUGGUUUUUCCUUAACACUCCGUGCGAUUUUAGCUCUAGACUAGGGCAAGGGCUUGGAUACCGCCCGAGGGUGGUACUCAAGACAGAGGGCACAUUUUUUUCCUAAUAAGGAACGACCUAGACUGGUGAAGGACAUUUUUAUUUAUGAUUUAGGACUACAAUUGUAAAUUUAAUUAGGGGAAGACCCAUAAACUGAACCAUUUUAAGCGAGAUAAAGAAAACAGAGGUUGUUCAAAUUAAAGAGAGGCUUCACCGAAACAUCUUUAUUUACGUAAUGGUAAAGGUAACUUAAAAGCUUACAAACAACUUUGAAAAUUUUUACAAAAGAAAAGUAUUUUUUACGAUCUGAUAUCUGUCCAUUGGCGAGGAAGUUAAGCGUGUGUACACUUUGAAUGAACAACAGAACCUGUUUAGAAAAUGCAAGCGAGUUAAAUGACCACAGCGAUGAUCUUCUCUGAAAAAACACUCGGAGAUCUUACGAUUAAUCUUAGAAGAUUUACCUCUGUUCAGUUUUGAAUGUCACAAAAAGUCUAGUUCUAAGUGAAUUAAAAUGUGUGUUUUGGA